AUGCAAUUCAAGAUGAUAGCCAAUGAGACAGCCGUAGGGUGUUGUCCGAUUGGCUACGGCUGCACGAUCGACAACAGCAACCACCAAACAUGCAUCAGCGUCGUACAGAGCUAUCAGACGGUCUCAAUAGCAAGCUGUGUUUCUUCAAGCCCAGGGAGCGUGACUAGCUUCGCCAUACCUACAGACGCAAGCUGGUCGGAGUCAAGCAGUUCUGGAAUCGAGUCCAUCACAGCUUUCACGGUCGAGGCACCGUUGAUCGACAUUCGGUGGCGUCCCCGAGAUCUCGUCGCCCUAAGCACAUCGAUGUCAGCCGCCACCGUGUCCUCGACAGGUUCAACCUCAACCUCAUCGCAAACAGGGUCCCCGACUCCUAAUCCUGGACUGAGCACCACUGCAAAGGUUGCCAUUGGCGUGGUGAUCCCGGUAGUAAUUCUCGCGCUUAUCGCUGGAGCGCUCCUAGUCUGGCGACGCCGACGAACUCGUCAGAAAGGCCAGGGAGCACAGGUCGCACACCACUACCAAGAAGUGAAGCCACAUUCUCCCGAUCAUAACACGGCCGAACUUCGAGGCGAGCAGGUAUACGAGAUGGAGAACUCCGCCAGGCAGCCAGAGUUGGACAACGGAAAGCAUGCGGUGCAAGAGAGACAUGAGCUCGCUGGCGAUGAUCCUGUCAGAGAUCUACCGAAGCCAUGA